AUGGCUGCUGAGAAACAAGAUACCGUGCAGGUAUCUGUUGAUCAAGGAUCACCAGAUAGAAGCAUUGGAGAUGACCUAGAGAAGAAAGGGUCUCAAAUUCAACAAUAUCAAGCAGGAGCCUUUGAGACGAGGGAGGGUCAUCACCAUUACCGGCCAAUUGACAGUUAUGAGGGAAUUCAUCGAUGGGACCCGGAGUUUGAAUGGACAGAAGAAGAAGAGAAGAAGAUCGUCAGAAAGAUCGACGCUCGUGUCUUGACCUUUGCCUGUCUGACGUUCUUCGCAUUGCAGCUUGACCGAGGGAAUAUUGGCCAGGCACUAUCGAGUACAUUUCUCCAAGACCUGGAUAUGACCAGCAACGAUUUCAAUCUAGGCCAAACCGUCUUUUAUGUAUGCUUCUUGUUAGCUGAGAUGCCUUCUCAGCUACUAUCUAAGAGGAUUGGCCCCGACCGUUGGAUUCCCGCUCAGAUUUUCUUGUGGAGUCUAAUUGCCGCCUGCCAUGCGUUUCUGAAAGGGCGAGGUGCCUAUUUGGCUCUUCGAGCUUUGCUGGGGCUUAUAGAGGGUGGAUUGUACGUAUUAUUUCCCCUCUUCUACGUCGACAGGAAACUUACAACAUAUGAUAGCAUCCCCGAUACAAUCCUUUUCCUCUCCUUCUUCUACAAAUCUAAUGAGCUUCCCAAAAGACUUACUUGGUUCUGGAUCUCUUGCACAAUUGCAACAAUCGUGGGGGCAUUCAUGGCAUUUGGUUUCCUCCACAUUACCGACUCCCAUGGAGGAGGAUCCUGGCGAUACCUAUUUGCCUAUGAGGGUUUGGUGACCGGCGUUAUCGGAAUUAUCGCCGGGUUUUGGAUGCCUGCAUCGCCCGUACAAACGAAAGGAUGGUUGCGCGGAAAGAACGGAUGGUUCACCGAGCAUGAAGAGAAAAUUAUCGUCAACAGAGUCAUUCGAGAUGACCCUAGCAAGGGGAGUAUGCAUAAUCGACAAGCGGUGACACCAAAGCGGCUAUGGGCGUCACUGAAGGAUUUCCAUAUGUGGCCGAUUUACUCCCUUGGACUUAUUUGGGCAAUUCCUUUCACCCCAGCGGGGGAUUACUUAACGCUACAACUACGAUCGCAAGGGUUUACGACUUUUCAGACUAAUCUAUUGGUUAUUCCUUCGUCUGUUAUUGGGAUUAUCACUAUGGCAGCCAUCACUUGGGUCGCGGAGCGCACUAAUCAACGCUUACUCUGGGGUGCUGGUGUUGAGUUGUGGAACUUAGCUCUGCUAAUAGCGUUGGAGUUACUCCCUGAGCGAAGUAUGCCAUGGCAGCGAUGGGUAGUGUUUACGCUUCUCGUUGGAGGCCCGAGUAUCCAUCCCGUCGUGGUGGCUUUGGCCUCCCGAAACGCCGGUUCCGUACGAACUAGAACUGUUGCUACGGCAUUGUAUAACAUGUCUGUGCAGCUCAGCAGUAUUGCCAGUUCUAAUGUAUACCAAGCCAAGGAUGCUCCAUAUUACAGACACGGGAACAAAGUUUUGAUCGCGUUAGCUGUGGUCAGUAUGGCCCUUUUUGUGUUUGGGAAGUUCUUCUACGACUUCUGGAAUAGAAAAAAUGCCGCAACGUGGGAUGCAAUGACCAGCGAGCAACGCGAAAUUUACCUACGUGAGAACCCAGAAUUAACCAAUAAAAGACUUGAUUUUCGCUUCGCUCGUUAG